UGUGUGUGUUUGAUCUUCUCAGUCUGGUAAAUGACUGUGUAAAUGUUUCCACACAAAGGACGAAGUCCACCACAGCUGUGUUUUCCAUUUUCCUCCAAACGUGUAUCUGAUCAGCCGAGACGUUUACUGCAGCCACAAUGCUAACAUUCCUGAGAGUAACGCAAACCUAUAGCUAUCAGAUUAGCCUGUCACGUUCUUCCUCUGCCGUUCCGGUUCCAAAAUCGAGAUCCGAAAACACAGAGUUUUAUUAGAAAUCUCCACUUGAGCAUUUAUAAGCGUUGAGUUUUAAAGGAGCGGUGUGUGAUGUUCGAUGCCCCCUGCUGCCUGUGACGUGAACUGCAAAUCAAAUUGCAAUUUAGAAGAAGAAACAGGGAUUACACAAUUAUAAAAUUAUAAAAUCUAUUGUGUGUCACAGAGCGCGACCACUUUCUCUAAUUACGUGAUUACUGAUUAAUCAUCUAACAUUUAUGGAAGGAGUCUCCAGUGUCAGUGCUGUUCUCUGUCUCAUUUUUCUCUCAUUGACCUAAUGAGAGAGAGAACGAAGGAAGGAUGGAUGACAUGACGUAACUGACACACACACACACACACACACACACACACUUUUCAGUUAACACAUGGUUUAUAAGGACGUGGAGCGCGCACACCUGUUACCUGUCGUUCAUGCACCACCGUGUGUGUGCGCGCGCAUGUGUGCGCGUGUGUGACUUCAUAUAUUUGGCAUAUUAAUGCUCUAAUUGCCGCGUCACGUGGAUUAUCGGAGGCAAACCGCUGACGGAAGCCGCAUUGCAUCACACCAUCAGUGUCUGGAUCUACACACACUCUCUCACACACACACACACACACACACACACUCUCUCACACACACACGGACAGUUUGCCGGUGUCGGUGCUCGCGAUGGCGGACGCGCCGCCGUUUGUUUGUUUCUGGUUUGUUUUUGUAUUUUUUGUCUUCUCGCACGCGCUCUGAAUCCUCCUCAUCCUCCUCUUCCUCCUCACAUCGGAACAGAUCCGAAGUUGCGCGUCGUGACGCCUUUUUCUCAUCCUGCUCUCAGAAGGAUGUCGGAUUCGGUGGAAUGGAGCUGCGCAGGUGACAAACGGAGCGUGUAAAGAACAGAAGAGAAAAAAAGAGGAGGAAAAAAGGAGAAUAAAAUCCGCAGAGAGAGAGAGAGAGAGAGAGACAGAUGUAUGGACGAUACACUCAGGAGCUGGGCGCCUACGCCAAGGAGGAAGCGGCUCGCUUCAGGGCUGCUGGGGUUCGAAACCAGACUCCAGAUCAGCUCGAGUACCAAAAGGAUCCGUGUGUCAAGUGCCAGUUGUGCACUUCGCGUUGCCAGAGGUUCUUGAUUUCACGUGUUGGAGAAGAUUGGAUUUUCCUCAUCCUCUUGGGGCUGGUGAUGGCGAUGGUCAGCUGGGUGAUGGACUACACCAUCGCCUUCUGUCAGCAAGCACAGAAGUGGAUGUACGGAGGACUGGACAGUAACAUGCUCCUGCAGUACCUGGCCUGGGUGGCGUAUCCUGUGGUCCUGAUUACCUUCUCUGCAGGGUUUACACAAAUUCUUGCACCUCAAGCAGUGGGGUCUGGGAUUCCGGAGAUGAAAACAAUCCUCCGUGGUGUGGUGCUGAAAGAAUACCUGACUUUUAAAACCUUCGUGGCAAAAGUAAUUGGUUUGACCUGUGCCCUGGGAAGCGGCAUGCCGCUGGGCAAAGAGGGUCCGUUCGUCCAUGUUGCGAGUCUGUGUGCUGCCCUUCUGAGCAAAUUCAUGGCCCUGUUCGGAGGAAUCUACAUGCUGAAGGAAGAGCCAUUCGAGGGAACCAAGAACGAGUUGAGGAACACAGAGAUGCUCUCUGCGGCGUGUGCAGUGGGAGUGGGCUGCUGCUUCGCGGCUCCGAUCGGAGGUGUGUUGUUCAGUAUUGAAGUGACGUCUACGUUUUUUGCGGUGAGGAAUUAUUGGAGAGGAUUUUUCGCAGCGACGUUCAGCGCCUUUAUCUUCAGAGUGUUGGCCGUGUGGAACAAAGACGAGGAGACGAUCACGGCUCUGUUUAAAACACGAUUCCGUCUGGAUUUCCCAUUCGACCUGCAGGAACUUCCAGCCUUCGCCGUCCUCGGGAUUGCGAGUGGAUUCGGAGGAGCGCUGUACGUUUACCUCAACCGGCUGAUCGUUGAGUCGAUGAGGAAACAGAAAACCAUCAACAAGUUUCUGCUAAAAAAGAGGUUGGUGUAUCCUGCUGUCGUCACUCUGCUCAUAUCCACUCUCACGUUUCCCCCAGGAUUUGGGCAGUUCAUGGCUGGACAGCUCACUCAGCACGAGUCGUUGGUGGCGCUGUUCGACAAUCAGACGUGGUACAAGCAGGGCAUAUCCGAGGAGUUCGACUUCUCUGGUCAGUCUCAGGCCUGGAAACACCCGCAGGUCAGCGUCUUCAUCACCCUCCUCCUGUUCAUCGUCAUGAAGUUCUGGAUGUCAGCCGUCGCUACAACGAUGCCGGUGCCAUGCGGCGCCUUCAUGCCCGUCUUCCUAAUAGGUGCUGCGUUUGGGCGUUUGGUGGGUGAAAGCAUGGCCGCCAUUUUCCCUGACGGCAUUCACAGCGACAGCACGGUGUAUCCCAUAGUUCCCGGCGGCUACGCUGUUGUAGGUGCAGCGGCACUUUCCGGAGCCGUCACACACACCGUGUCCACGGCGGUGAUCGUGUUCGAGCUGACUGGUCAGAUCUCACACAUUCUGCCCGUGAUGAUCGCUGUGAUUCUGGCCAAUGCUGUGGCUCAGAGCCUCCAGCCAUCACUUUAUGACUCCAUCAUCAGGAUCCAGAAACUUCCAUAUCUCCCAGAACUGGGCUGGGGCCAGGAGAAGUAUAAUAUCCGAGUGGAGGACAUCAUGGUGCGAGAUGUUCGUUACAUCACGCUGUCCUCUACGUACCGUGAUGUGCAGGAGGCGCUGGUGAACGGGCAACUCAAAACUCUGGCUCUCGUGGAGUCUAAAGAGUCAAUGAUCCUGCUGGGAUCUAUUGAGCGUUCUCAGCUCCAGUUCCUGCUCUCGGAGCAGCUCAGUCGAGGGCGAAGGUUGGAGUACUUGAGGGAACGAGCGCAGGACAACGGUGCCCACGUCCCCGCCUCGAUUUCCCAGAAUUCUUCACCUAAAGCUGGCCGUGGUGUUCGCUUCCUGAUUUCCACAGAGGAAUCUUCAUACAGUCCGACCCUCACCAACUCCCAGAUUCCUCUCAAAUCUGCACUGAAGACCGUGUCGUCCAUCAGCAACCCCGACACCCUGAACAGUUCUCCGAGUUCGUCCUGUGGAGAUAUGGUGAAGGAGCAGGUGGAGGAAGCUCCUAACCUCGAGGAAGACAUGUCCACAGCAGAGAUGUCUUUACCCCAGAUUGCUGAGUGGGAGGAGCAACAGCUGGAAGAAGCCGUCUGCUUUAACAAUUGUAAGAUAGACCCCGCCCCCUUCCAGCUCGUAGAACGAACGUCUUUGCACAAAACGCACACUAUUUUCUCUCUGCUCGGCCUGGAUCACGCUUACGUCACAAGCACCGGGAGACUCGUUGGAGUCGUCUCAUUGAAAGAGCUACGCAAAGCUAUCGAAGGCUCCGUGACAGUGACUGGCGUGAAAGUCCGUCCCCCUCUGGCCAGUUUCCGUGACAGUGGCACCAGCAGUAGCGUUUCUGAAGUAACCGAGCUCCACAAGCUCUGGAGUCGCCACAGGAGCCUACCGUUGCCGCGGGAACCCAAAACAGCCGCUGAGCUCUGCGACGAGAUGGAGCAUCCAUCCGAGAGCAGUGUUUUGAAUGAGACAGACUGCACUGAGGUCUUACACAGCGAGGACCAAUCAGAAACCUCGGUGGCGGAGGAGACCCAGUCGGAGCUUGAGAACCUUUCAGAAAACUUUUCCGAACCGCUCGAGGAGAACAUCUCGGGGCAGGAGGAGGAACUGACAUGUGAGAUCAAACCGUCUAAUACGAAGGACCAGCCAGAAUGACAGCUGCUGUUUGAUAGUUAACGCACACUAAUGAAUCAAACAUACCGGAACAUCCAUGCACGUGACCCCGCCUUCACACUAGCAUGCGACAAAAUUGUGACUUCCUUUGUGUUAUGCUAAUCAGUUUUGGCGCACUGUGAAACUAAAUACUUAGCACCACUAAAA